AUGCCAGCGCCUUUCCUUGCCAAGAGCUUAACCCGAUGCAGCCUGGAGUGUGUACAUGGAGAGUGUGACAAGGGCGGCUGUGUAUGUGACAAGGCCUGGACAGGUGACCGCUGCGACCAGCUGGCGUGUGACCCUCGAUGCAGUCUACACGGGCAGUGCCACAACGGAACCUGCGUCUGCGUGCAAGGCUGGAACGGAAGGCAUUGCACUAUUCCUGGAUGUGUGAACGGAUGUUCGGGCCACGGCAUGUGCACCACCGUCGACAGGCAAUACAUGUGCGAGUGCUCGACCGGGUGGACCGGACCCGACUGCUCGGUUCAGCUCGAGACUGACUGUGACGACGAAAUUGAUAACGACGGAGACGGGCUCUUCGACUGCUCAGACUCCGAAUGCUGUUCGACCAAGGCAUGCACGGACCACGUCAUGUGCAUGGUGUCCAGCGACCCUGUAGAAGUCCUCCUGAGGAAGCAGCCUCCUGCCGUGACCGCCUCCUUCUACCAGAGGGUUAAAUUCAUCAUCGAAGACUCAAGCGUCCAGAGUUUCGCGCAGAAGGACGAGUAUAGCGAAAGGCGUGUGGCAGUGAUCCGCGGGCGUGUCGUGACCCCCCAAGGCCAGGGUAUCAUUGGCGUCCGGACCAGCGUCGACAAGGAGUCCCGCUUCGGACUCACCGCCACCAGGAAGGGAGGAUGGUUCGACGUCCUGGUGAACGGAGGCGGCGCCGUGACCCUGCAGUUCCAGCGGGCGCCCUUCGAGCCUCUGACCGUCACGGUGCCAGUGCCAUGGAACCAAAUCGUGGUGUUGGAUCCCAUCGUCAUGAGGCUGAAGGGCCAGGAACCUCAUGAAGACCAGCAGCAAAACAAUGCCGUGGGAGGCAGCGGAUGGGGCGAAGGGUGCCAAGAACACGACCACGGUGUCAUGGUGCCUCAGGUGGUGUCCACAUACCUGGCACACACCGUGGGAGGGGCGCCACACCUGCCCGUUGUCUUUACCGAAACUCAGGUGGUCCAGGAGUCCCUACGUAUCCCCGGGAGCGAGCUGCAUCUGCUGUACCACUCCAGCAGCGUCUCCGGGUACCUGUCGACGCUCCUUCUGCAGCUGACCCCGGAUACGGUACCUGCUGCGCUGUCGAUGGUACACCUCAAGGUCACGCUCGAAGGUUCUGUGUUCGAGAAGGUGUUCGAGGCCGACCCGAAUAUCACCUACACCUUCGCCUGGAACAAGAGGAAUGUGUACAAGCAGAAGGUAUACGGCGAGGCAACGGCACUGGUGGCAGUCGGGUACGAGUACGUCACGUGUUCGGGCAUCCUGUGGGAGACGCUGACGGCGACGCUGCACGGCUUCCACAUGGAUAUUUCCGACGUGGGCGGCUGGAACCUCGACAUCCAUCAUAUGUAUAACUUCGAGGCGGGUGUCGAGUACCAGCCGCCUCUGAGACCGCGGCGAAGGUGA